GCUGGACACUACAGAAAUAAGUUAUGAUACUUAGAAGUUAAGUGUGCAACCGUCGUGAAAAACUACAUGCAGCAGUGAUAUAGUUAUUAAUAACUAUUCGCCCGCUAAGCGAACUUACUUUCAGCUGAGCAUCCUUAUAAAACCAUGAACCAUAUUAUAAAAUCAUAAAAAGUCAGGUCAAUCAAGGAUUGCUGCAGGUAUUAGAGAAAAUAAGUUCUGAAUUAAACAUACAACGGACAAGAUAAAAUCAAGGAUGAGAACUCUAAUUAAACUGAUAUGCUUUGGAGUUGUUCUCCUCAAAUUAGGCGUUAUUACCAAAGCAACCAAUAAUACAGCUGAUACAAAUGGCACUCGCGAUCGUAAAGUGAAAUUAACGUUCACGCCUGGAAGGAUAACACGCCUUCCUACAAAAAGCAGUAUUAGUGUUUGCGUCAACUUCACUAUUUUGGAUAAUAAUAGAUACCAAUUAAAAAUCAAAGAGAAGAUCCCACAAAACACGCCUCAAGUUGCAGGCUUAGAAGGAAAUGAUACAUUUAUAAUUUCCCAUAACCCAGAAAAUGGCGACAAUUCCCAUAAUAUAACUUUCAUGGUUAGGGGAUUAUUUCUAGGGCAUACUGAAUUCUAUAUAUCAACCGAACUUGUAAGAAGCAAAUUGGAGGUCAAUAUCAUUGACAUUGACCUGAAUACGACUUAUGGUGUGACGCCCGAAGGUCAUCGGGAAAUCAAUAACGACGAGGUCGUUCCCAUGGUUACAACGUUUGACAUCUCAGUGGUUCGUGAAGUGCGGAUCCUCGAUACUGCAUUCACUGUAGCUAUUAAUGUCUUGGUGAUCGCUUCCUACCUGUCUAUGGGGUGCAAGGUUGAGGUCCCUGUUAUUAAGGAGGUCUUGAAGAAACCUAUUGCUCCAACCAUCGGGUUCUUGUCGCAAUACGGCUUCAUGCCAUUGAUUGCAUUUUCCGUAGCUAAACUACUGAAGAUUGACAACAACCUCGCCCUUGGGUUCUUUGCAAUGGGUGUAGCACCUGGUGGAGGAAUGAGCAAUGUUUAUACGUACCUCCUUGACGGUGACCUCAGCCUCAGUGUGACGAUGACUUUGAUAAGUACACUGGCCUCUCUAGGGAUGAUACCGUUUUGGAUAUACACUCUUGGGAGACAGUUCGUUGACGAGGACCAAGGUGUCGGUAUUCCUUUCGCUAACAUUAUGAUAACGCUCGCCAUUAUUGUUAUCCCGACCCUCGUUGGCAUGUUUAUUAGCUACAAGAAGCCAAAAUGGGCAAAGUUGAUCUCAAAAAUAAUAAAACCUCUUUUUAUCUUCGUGAUCAUUUUUGCGUUUAGUGUAGGAAUAUAUGCCAACUUGUACAUCUUCUCCUUCUUUACAUUCAAAAUUAUCCUAGCGGGUUGUCUCCUGCCUUAUUGCGGAUUCAUCAUUGGGGGUCUCAUGGGGUUGGUAUCUAGGCAACCGCGAAAUCGUAUUUUGACUAUUGCUAUGGAAACAGGGAUACAGAACACGGGCGUUCCUGUUUUGAUGAUGAGGUUUUCUCUAAUGAAUCCUGAUAGCGAUCUAGCACUCAUCGGUCCGAUCGCCGCCACCAUUUUCACGCCAAUACCUCUAUGGAUUGCGAUCGUCGUGUACGAGGUGUAUAAGCGAUGCUGCAAGAAGGAUACCAAAGAGGAACUGGACGAGGAUAACAACAAAGUUAACGUUCCGAAUGACUACAUAAGAGUUACAUCUAUUGAUAGCAAGGCGUCUGAGCCUAUCUGAACAUACAACUUUCUAUAUAAACAAUUGUCCUGUCUUAACGUUAAUAUUACAUGUGAACAUGUUAUCUACAUGUUAGGUUAUGUUAUUUUAUUUACCAUCUUAAAGAUGAGUACAUAUACAUAAAUAGUA